GCUAACUUUGAGCCAAAGUACCAUGGAUGAGUCUCAAAUUUCGCCAAAUGAUGCUGUUGGUAAGGUUUUAGGAAAAGAGCACUCUGGAAGGGUUAGAUGUUUGGGAUUAGGAGUUGUCCCAAGUAAAGUUUUUAAACAAGUAAGACCGCGUUUUGGUGGUGCAAGUGCUUCAAGUAGUGAAGGCUCAUGUUCGUCCCAAUGCCAAGAAAACCACAAUCAAAUGAUGAAUGCUCAUAAUCAAAUGAUGAAUGCUUUUAAGGCGUAUAUGAUAAUGAAAGAAGGGAUGAUACCAGAACAAUUUGCGGGGUUCUUUGCUUCUCCUUCGACAAAUUCUUCUACAACAACUCCAAGUGAUGCUGCUAGUGAACCAAUUCCGCCUGUGCACACAAGAAGAUCAUGCAGUGGUGAUAGUAAUCCUAGCCAUGACAACCGUUGAUUAUAUUGUAGUGAACCAAUUCCGCCUAUAUUCUUAGCUAAUUAAUUUGAUGACAAGAUUGUGUGAUUGGAGGGGAUGUUAAAAUGUUGGAUUGGA